CACCUGAUGGCGUUGCCGCUGGCUCCGGCCUCCAAUCUCCACGCUAUCUUGCUGGUCACCAAGUCGCGUUCACUUGGUCCGCGUCUGGUCUUCCACUACCCACCUCUUUCGCCGUCGGCGGCAGCGCUCGCUAUAGCCAAAGACCCCUCGUGGUACCGCAACGAGAGCUCCACUGCGAGUCUUAAUUCGGAGAGUUCAGAAAGCGAUUGGGAUAGCAGUACAGAAGCAGACGAGAACGAUGACCUGGAACUGGGCAGCCGCACAAGUGGCCGUGGAUCUGGGCGGACCGGACCCAGCGGAAGUCGUGAUAGACCAAAGCUCGGUAUCGGCGGCUGGGGCAGACAGGAAACCAUCGACGAAGAAGAUACUGAGGACGAUCACAAUGGAAACAGGCGACAUCGUGGCGGAGACUACGAUUGGAAUUCGGUCCUUGGCUUUAAGGUGGACGCUCUUGAGAAGAUACUAACGCCUAGCGAAGACUACAACAAGAGACGUUUCGAGCUCGGUGUAGAAAGCAUCGUCUUCUUGGGUGCGCCCAUGUUCGUUAGAGAAGACGGGUUGUGGAAAAAGUUAAGACGCAAAAAGAAGAAGAAGUCUGAACUGCAAAAGAUCGAAGAUGGCGAUCUGGUAGGAAACCUCUCGAUGUCAGAAGACGAGAUUGAACCAGAACCUUUCGUAUAUCCUCCAGGAUUUGAGCCAGGCUAUGGCCACGAUACGCUGUCGGCGCCAGGAUCCGUCGCGGCUUCUGAGGCAGGAUCAGAUGCUCGCAGUAAUUCGACGGCCGGACACGAUGACAACACUGACAUGACCAUGUUCAACGUUAUAUUCGUGUUGAACCCGCCGGCUCUGGAGUACCAACGACGCGUGAAGGAGAUGUACGACAACGUGAUACGGAAGUACGCAAAGGCUUUGAAGUACGAGCAGGCGAGGUUCCAGUAUGUGUGGAAGGAAUCGAAGCGCAUCAUCGACAUCAAGCAGCGUGCGAAAGAAAACGGGGAGUCGAUCAGUGUGACGUGGAAAAAUCUCCUCGCUAUCUCGCCGUUGGCCAAGUCGCUAGCCGUACUGUACGAUGCUAUCUCGAAUGACAAGAUUGCGCACAUACACUUCGAUGCUACUUUCAACACCUCGUUUCAAAUCCCCCAGGCGAUGUCGACACCAUAUCUACCAAACGCACUUGAGCCGCAGAUGCCAGGUCUCUGGCUAACGACGUCCAAUGUUGUACUAGACGGAGAAGAAGCACCCAUGACACAACAUGCAUCACUUCUUUUACUCGAGGAUCCUGAGGUUCUGAUCAAAGACCUUGGUGGGGAGUCAUCAGAAAAUGGAGCAGCGAUUGCUGGGUUGAUCCGCCGGAUUGUACCCACAAAGUCUUUGCUGAAGAUAUCAAGGAAACACAACAUCUCAAGCCAGGACAUGGAGUAUAUCGCCUCCCAUCUUGUGUAUUGGCGGCGCGCCCGACUGAUCGAUCCUAUAUCGCAGCGUGACACGUAUGUCGUGUCUCCAAACGCAGAUAUGAACUACCUCCCUGCUGCUGCCUCGAACUUUGCACGGCACUUUCCCACUCUUCCGUCGUUACCAAAGUUUUUGAGUCUAUUGUCAGGCACUCCCCGAAUCUACAAGAGUUUCAUCCCGACGUACGAGCAUAGAGAUACAUACCUCGAAGUCUUAGCAUGGCUAAUGCGAGGCGGUUGGGUCACACAAUUAAGGACUUUUGCCUGGAUUCGUGUCACUCCUGAGAUCAAAGCUCAAGUAGCUGUAGAUUUGGAGCGAGAGGAGCGAAUCAAGAAAGCUGAAGAAGCGAGGAAAGAGCUCGCCAGUGAGACGGGAUCCGUGAACGCAUCGCUGUUCUCUGAUAAGCGAUCGAGCUUGCUGUCUGACCAUACAGCGAGGCCACUUACACCAAUGAAGUGGCGCCGAGAUAGAAGCGCUGAUACUUCUGAAGAGAUGGAGUCCAGCACGAUACUUAGCCCUCGCAUCACAGCCACCAGCUCUACGCAACAUCAUCGUGGCUCUCCAGCUCGACCAGCAUCUGACGCAGGGAGCAACAGCAGCCAGCGCACGACAAUUGCUCUCAACCCUGCCGGCCGUCCCGACUCACCAUCACAUCUUCUGCCUCAUAACAGCAAAGUGCACAAACCGAGCCCGCUACAUCCCAAGCCUACUUCACCGUCCCUUAACGCCGCGAACUCGCCACCUCUCCGGGUCGAAGAAGAUCUCGUACCACAACCGCACCUCUUCAAACCUAGCGUGAUCCUCAGCCCACAGAAAGCGUCCAGUGUCGAGGCUCGCUGGCUUGAGGCAAUCGGCAAGACAUUCGAAGAGAUCGACCACCAUCAUCCUCGCCACCCUUCGUAUCCAAUCAACAAUCCCAGUCCACCAAAGCACACAGAUGGAAUGAUGGGCAUCUCAGGUGAAGAGCUCAGGGAGCAGUGGCCGAUGCUGUUGAGGCACUUGGACGGGAAGCAUGCCAUUGAGGAUGUCGCGCCUAGGGAAGGGUUGAAGAGGAAGCGGGUUGCUGUGCUGUUCAAUGCUGUAAGGGAAAAGGGAUGGCUGGUCGUUGUCAGGCACUGGUAGAUCACCAAACUGAAUGUGGACUCGACGCAGCUUCAGUCGGGCUUGCUCAGCCUCUCGCGUCGCAGAGAAAAUCGGUCAUCAGCCGUAGAGUUCCUACAUAUAUGAGGUCGUCGGUGUAUAUGUGCAGGCUCGCGAGAAAACCAAUUCUUAAAGAGUACAGUUGUUUUGCGUUGAAGGCGAAUUUCUACUCGUCACCAGAGCUUAGCUAACGCAUAACUUGGACCCCUCAC